AGCAACCGCCUUUUGUGCUUGUUAAAAUAUUUUAAGUUCAAAAAACAACAGACUGGCAUGAAACACAGAGACAAAGCUUAAAGAUAAGUGUUUAAUGCUCACCAAGCGCCUUUGAACUCUCAGACUCUCUUUUAUAGCACCCCUUAGUUAAUUCUCACUAUUCUCAGCUUACAGUUCCAGCCUUACAGAUCCAUUUCCUUCUUCUCUCUCUCUCUCUCUCUCUCUCUCUCUCUGUGAGAAAAAAAGAUGAAUAAACAAGAUGUCAUGAAGAUGCAGUCUUGUGUGCUUAGAGUGAAUAUACACUGUGAUGGAUGUAAGCAGAAAGUAAAGAAACUAUUGCAGAAAAUGGAUGGAGUUCAUUCUACCAACAUAGAUGCAGAGCAAGGCAGGGUGACUGUGACAGGAGUUGUUGAUCCAGUUAAACUCAUAAAGAAGUUGGAGAAGUCAGGGAAACAUGCAGAGCUAUGGGGACCUCAAAAAGGUUCAAACUACAACCAAAACCAACUCAAUAACCAGUUCAAGAAUAUGCAAUUUGAGCAUGGAAAAGGGGGCAAAGACAACAAGUCUCAGAAGGGUGGGAAGGACCAAAAGGGUGGCCAUGGCCAACAACCACAACACCAAAUGAAAGGUGCUAAAGAUCUGAAGGUGCCCAUUAAAGACCAGAAAUCUGUCAAGUUCAGUUUUCCUGAGGAUGAAUUUGAUGAUGAGUUUGACGAAUUUGAUGAUGAGUUUGAUGAAUUUGAUGAUGAAUUUGAUGAUGAGGAGUUUGAUGAUGGUGAUUAUGAGUUUGCUCAAGGCCAUCACUUACCCAACAACAAGAUGGGGCCUGUAAUGGGUAAAGGCCAUGGGCCAUAUGGGCCUAAUUUUACGAUGAAUGGGCCUCCCAUGAAUGAUAAAUGGGGUGGUGGUGGUGGUGGAGGAAAUGCCAAGAAAGGUGGUGUUAUUGAUAUUCCUUUAGAAGUGAAGGGUGGUAUGGGUGGAAAUAAGGAUGGUAAGAAUGGCAAUGGAGGGAAGAAAGGUGGCGGUGGCGGCGGUGGUGGGAAUAAGAAGGGAGGGAAACAAAACAAAGGUGGUGGAGGAGAAAAAAAAGGUGGCAAAAGUGGUGGUGGAUUUCUAGGUGGAUUGCUAGGAUUUGGUAGAAGUAGUAGCAAAAGAGAAAGUGGUACUGACAAGGGUACCAAUAAUCAUGGCAGUAAGGGUGGUGGUGGUGGAAACAAUAAUGGCAAUGGAGGCAAGAAAGGUGGAGCCAAGAAUGAUGGGGUCCAUGAAAGUAACAAAAAGAAAAAUAACUUCCAUGACAUUGAUGUUGCUUUCACUAAUCAUGGCAAGGGAAACAAAGGUGGUGGGGGUGGUGGUGGUGGUGGUGGUAAUGUUGGUCAAAUGGCCCAAAGAGGGCAAAUGGAUCAAAUGGGCCAAAUGGGCCUUAAGGGUAAUUAUCCUAUGGGCCAAAUGGGCCAAGGAGGUCAAAUGGGCCACAUGGGUAGUUAUCCAAUGGGCCAGAUGAGACAAGGAGGUCCAAUGGGCAACAUGGGUAAUUAUCCAAUGGCCCAAAUGGGAGGUUAUCCUGCGGUGCAAGGUCUACCUGCGACCACAGCAAUGAACGGUGGAUAUUAUCAAGGAAUGGGACCUGGAAUGGGGCCAGGCAAUCCGUACAAUCAACAACAAUACAUGGCUAUGAUGAUGAUGAAUCAACAAAGGGCAAAUGGCAAUGACAUGUAUCAACCGAUGAUGUAUGCGCGGCCGCAUCCGGGCGUUAAUUACAUGCCGGGGCCACCCAUGCCGCACCCUGCGCAGUCCGAUCCUUACACUCACAUGUUUAGUGAUGAGAAUACUGGUAGUUGCAGUAUCAUGUAAAUUUAGCAGAGAUUUUAAAGUUAUGUUUUGGCUUGUUAUCUUAGGUAUGUGUAAUUUGUGGUGGUAGUGGUGAUAGUGGUAUGAAAAUGCAAAAGUACCAUUGCUUAUGUUACUUGGAAAUGAUUAAAAUUAGUAAAUUUUGUUCCA